AUGUUGCCCAUCCGUGACUCUACGCUCGAUACAAGGCUGUGCGUUGAUUGUGAAGGCCUGCGCCUUGGCGAUGAGGGUUGCGGAGGUUUUAUGGCGACGUCGGACAACGACACCCCGGUGCUAAAGUUCACGAGGCAUGGACGGACCUGGGGAUUCGGCAGCCGACGGUUCAAGACGCUGAUGUGCCAAGAGAGAACUGACGCCUCACCCGACUUCCCCAAGUUGGCAGAGACGGCUGCAGCUGGCUGCGCCUUCUGUGGUUUCCUCCGCACCGCCGUGCUAGAGGCGAAUAUCGAGGAUGUGAAGAGAGUGGGAGAGGUUCAUAUGGACCUUUACUAUCUCUGGGGUCCGCGCGAUGCUGUAAACCAUGGCGCUGAAGGACUGCAGGCAUUGCUCGUGGAUCUCGGCAAUGCCUACGACGGCGGCGAUGAACCUGAAGUGGACCGAGGAUUUGGCACCCUUCGUUUUCAGAUCUUCACUCGAGACAAGGCCGUAGCAGACUGGUUAGGUCUGCACAAAUCCCCCCGGAGGGAAGCGCUUGGCGCUAGCAACAUCUCAUUUCUCAGAAAGGCCCUCGACUUCUAUGCAUCGAGCUGUCAUCCACAAGCCUUUUCAGACAUCACAUCCCUUCCCACGAGGCUCCUCGAUCUCGGAACGGAUGCUGCCUCGCAACCCCGGCUCAUCAUAACUGGUGAAUCCAUUGCAGGACUCAUCCGAUAUGCUGCACUGAGUUACUGCUGGGGUGACCAGGGGGAGGCUUCUGCCCAGACAAAGACCGAACCGUCCAAUCUGCACGAAAGAUUGCACGCAAUUCCCACCGGGGAUAUGUCAGCCGUUAUGCAAGACGCCGUCAAGCACGCAUACUUUACCAUCUGCGCCGUGUCCAGUCCCAGCUGCCACCAAGGCUUUCUCGACCGCCGGCGGGCGACCUCCGAUUUCACUUUCCAAUCCUCGCUCUACCCGCCCGCGCGGGGCACAUAUACCCUCUUUUCCAUGAGCCUGCAGAAAAAGAAGGGAUCGGACACGUUUGGUCCCUAUGGCUUCGACUUCGCGAACUCGCGUUGGAAAAAUCGCGGUUGGGUCUAUCAGGAGCUGGCGCUCUCAACCAGGAAGCUCCUCUUCGGGCAGUACAUGGUGCACUUCGAGUGCGGCCGACGCCUACUACCGGAAAACGGCGAAUUCAGCGGACCUCUUGUGAUCCAUUGGCACCCGGCGCAGAUUGCCAACUUGAGCCGGGAGCAAUUAUAUCAGCGUUUUCGAGAAUGUGUGAUGGGGUAUUCUGCGCUCACACUAACAUACGAGUCCGACCGCCUGCCAGCCGUAUCGGGGAUUGCGAAGUACUUGUUUGACCUCACACGCGACAAGUAUCUGGCCGGACUAUGGAAAGGGGAUCUUCACCACUCGUUACUAUGGUUUGCGGAUGUACCAACACACACACUAUUACCAGAGCGUAUUGGCGCGCUGCGGGCCUCGACCGGUUCCAGACCACCCUCUUGGUCCUGGGUGUCUCAGCGGGGAUUCGUCGAAUACGGCUUGCCUGGUACCACCAUCCUCUACGAACCCGGGAGAUUAGAAUUGUUGCUCUUGUCUAGCUCGUGUGAGCGGAAGAAUAAGGCCAACUACUGGCCUGCCAUCUACACCAAUAACUGGAGAGAGUACGGGGACAAAGAGGGCGAAGAGGGUAAAGAGGACAAAACGGAUCAACAAUACCAAAAGAAACAAGAGGACGAAGUGAGUGAAGAGGAGGAGGAACUGAGUAAGGAUGGCCGCUCAAGCCAAGGUAGUCCCUCCGAGACAGUGUCGGACACCUCGGGAGACAGCAGGACGAUCCCGGCUGAUGUUUGCGUGCUCUGCAACAACGAGGAGCACAACCGACACUCCUGGGGCCUUGUCAUCCAUCCUGCUAAGAAGGCUGGCGAGUACUACCGAGUGGGCAUCUUUAUGUCGCUUGCUGGUAAAGCGGGAGGGACACACCUUUUCAAGGAUCUGGAAGACCGUGUUAUCGACAUCAUCUGA